AAAAAGCCUGAAGUCCCACCACCCGUUAAAGUGCCCGAGGCUCCCAAAGAAGUUGUCCCCGAAAAGAAAGUGGCUGUGGCGCCUCCUAAAAAGCCCGAAGUCCCACCAGCCAAAGUACCCGAGGUGCCGAAGGCAGCUGUUCCGGAAAAGAAGGUGCCUGAAGUUAUUCCUCCCAAACCGGAAAGUCCGCCCCCUGCAGUGCCUGAGGUGCCGCCAAAGAAAGUCAUCCCUGAGAAGAAAGUGCCUGUGGCUCCUCCUAAAAAGCCAGAAGCUCCGCCUCCUAAAGUUCUUGAAGCUCCUAAAGAAGUUGUACCUGAAAAGAAAAUAUCUGUGGUUGUGCCCAAAAAACCAGAAGCCCCACCUGCUAAAGUGCCUGAAGUUGCUCAAGAAGUGGUCCCAGAAAAGAUAAUUCCCAAGGAACCACCCAGAAAACCAGAUGUCCCGCCUGUCACAGUGCCUGAAGUUCCUCAAGAAGUUGUUCCGGAACGGAAAUUCCCCAGGGCACCACCCAAAAAACCAGAAGCCCCCCCAGUUUCAGUGCCUGAAGUUCCUCAAGAAGUUGUCCCUGAAGAGAAAGCACCGGUGGUGCCUCCUCAAAAGCCCGAAGCCCCACGUGUUACAGUGCCGGAGGCUCCCAAGGAAGUUGUGCCUGAAAAGAAAGCACCAGUGGUGCCGCCUAAAAAGCCCGAAGUCCCAGCACCUCUUAAAGUGCCUGAAGUUCCUCAAGAAAUUGUCCCUGAAAGGAAAGCACCAGUGGUGCCUCCUAAAAAGCCUGAAGUCCCACCACCCGUUAAAGUGCCUGAGGCUCCCAAAGAAGUUGUCCCCGAAAAGAAAGUGGCUGUGGCGCCUCCUAAAAAGCCUGAAGUCCCACCACCUGUUACAGUGCCCGAGGCUCCCAAAGAAGUUGUCCCUGAAAAGAAAGUGGCUGUGGCGCCUCCUAAAAAGCCCGAAGUCCCACCAGCCAAAGUACCCGAGGUGCCGAAGGCAGCUGUUCCGGAAAAGAAGGUGCCUGAA